GAUCCCAUCGGAAACCAGUGACAAAGCAGGCUGCCAGUGAACUAUCACUGCUUGCUGUGUACAUAUUUGCGUUCCAGGACGUUGUGCCCGUAUCCAUUUAGCUGUCACGAUCAGACCUUUCUGGGAAUGAUUCAUGUGAUCAGAAUAGAUCGGUCAAGAAAAAAAGGAGGACGUUGAACAUGCUGCAGGAGAUCUGAGCAUGUACAUGUAGCGCAUGUACUUUAAACCUAGCAAGUAUGUUAUUAUUUCGGUCAAGUGACAUCCACGAUCCUGUAGUGAAAAAAAAAGAAAUAGCAAAUCUCUUCUUUAACUUCUUUCCUUGUCCCUCAGUGAAAGGUUUCCGAUCAAUUCUAAAAAUUUUCUGCCCAUUUGAGAUUUUGUAAAGAGCAGAGCUGGUCUGAUUACGUACAUAAGCAAUAUUCAGCUGGUAAAAUGCUAAAAUUAUUAGGCGUUUACAUGUAUGUUCCUUUUCAGAAGUAACGUAACCGCCUUUUGCUUGUCUAGAAAGCAUUAUGUCCUUUCGGCUUGUAUUGGGUAGUUUUUGUUUAAGUUAAGGUUAAGCCCACAUAAAUGCUGGGGAACUGUUUCUUGUUCCAGUGUAAUGAAAUGGAAGCCAUGUUUAGAAGAUCAUCAGCCUGAGCCUUAUUAUGUUUUAUUAUUAUUUGACUUGUACAAGCUGUUAAAAUUUCUGACACAGUAAAGAGAUAAAUCAUGGUAAUCAUUCUCAAUCUCCGGAUUCUCUCUUUUGCACUCUGUUUCAGCCGUGACAGGUGCAGCAUGAUCGUUUCGAUACUAUUGAUUUUCCCCUACUUUCAUCCCAUUCCUACUCAAGGCUGUGAUAUCCUUGGAAAGGAAGAUGUGACCUUGUGGAAUAAUUGCCUUACAACUGCUCACUUGAUGUGAAUGCCAUGGAGCGACGCUUUGUUUGGUCGAUGGAUGAUUCUCUGGGUCAAAUUUCUGGAGGAUUCCUCAAGUUGUGUAACUGACAAGCAGUCUACUUGCACAUAUGAAAUUUGACUGAACCUGUUGUAAGGAACACUGACUCUGUAAAGCCCAAGAUCUUGGGUUAGAUAUUCCAGCACAGCCUCUAUUCCAAAUGUUUGAUAGGCAUAAAUGAAUGUUGCUGAUGGCAUCAUGAUAGAUCUCGGUCAGAGGUUACCAAGUGUGGUUCAAGUUGUCCAUGUACAUGUAGAAGUUUGUACAAAACAAUAUGCGAUUACCAUGAUUAAGACUCAGAAUCUCCAAUACCGAGGCUCGAAUCCAGAGGGUGCUGUGAUUUUUACUUUUUAAAGAUGAUCCCUUCAAAUACGAAAGACCAGUGGUCAUUUGGGGAUCCAGGUAAUCAGUGGUACCCGAAGCUCUUGGUCCCAGGUUCAAGUACUGCUGAGGGAACCUGUCACGGGUGCAAUUUCCAUGGAGUUUGUGUACUCAACACGAUAAAAUUAAAAUGAAACAAACAUUUACUCUUUUUUAGAUUGGUAAAUGUUAAAGAACAAAAGGAAAAGUAAUGGCCCUGUUGGUUCACGGUGGGAUUUGAACCUAUGACCAUUAGAUUGAGCGUCAAGGUGUCUACAUGUACCACUAGGCCAAUACAUGCUUCUUAAUUGAAGUGUUGGAAACUAAAAUACGCCGAGUUGACUCUCGAGAAUCAAAAGCUAAUCAGCACGUAGGCACUCUACUUGCAUCAAGAUUCUGGAUUUGGAAGCCAAGACAGCACCGCAUCCCUUUGCUGUAUACUGUAUACUUUGGUUUGGCAGGUGUGUGCCCUUCUGGUGGACGAGAGGUCAACUCGACCAACUCGACUCCUGACCAACUCGACCGUCAACUAACUCGACCGUUGACCAACCUUACUUCAAAGUCGAGUCAACUCGACCAUUUACCAACUCGCCCAUGAAUGAUACAUGGGUUUAUUAGACAAACUCUUUCCUCAAAAAAAUUAAUAUUAAAAGGGGAAAAAUAAAGAUCGGAUCGGUUCCGGAUCGCAAAAUUUAUGGAUGCAAUCAAUAAUUGAACUUGUGCCAAUUUGAUACUCCAAAAUAAUUUUCCCAAUUUGAGAAGCACACACGCACGACCCCCCGAAACCUGUCACCACACUGUACCCAUGCACAGAUCACAUCACGCACAGUAAAACAAAUUACAUGCGUGAUCCAGAACUAGGCAAAAUGCGUUCCUUCUUUGCCUUGUCCCUGUUGCACAUGCACAGUUGCGUUGUUCGAGAGUCGAGUUGGUCGAGAGUCGAGUUGGUCGAGAGUCGAGUUGACCUUUAUGGUUGAAGGAACAACAGUCGAGUUGGUCAAUGGUCAAGUUGGUCGAGAGUCGAGUUGACUUGAGUCGAGUUGGCAAACGGUCAAGUCGACCUGAAACCCAAAAGCCAAGGUAACAGAUUUCGCAGGUGGAAAACCUUGAUGUGAAAAAAAAAGAAAACCUGGAAAAUGAUCAUUUUCUAAUGACCUACGAAAUACAUCUACAUGGACACGUGUAUUUCGACAAUGAGGAAACUAUAAGACUUUCAUUCAAAUUGGGCCACAAAUUAGGUUUCCCCCAUACACUAUCAGUUGAAACAUGGAAUAAUGUAGUGCGCAUUUGGCCUCGUGGCAAAGAAGACACAGACGCGCUACAUUAUUCCUUGCUCCACAAGCGCAAGCAUGGUAACGAAUUUAUCUUCAAGCAAACAUGACGUGCAGUAAAGGGGCCUAUGAUCACUUGACAUUAAAAAAAGAAGACAAAAGAUAUAUGGCACACGGCAAAGACAAUAGCACUGAUGUACCACGAUGCUGGAAUUUUAUUUAGGGAGCAUGGGAAUUAUGUGUUUUAACUUAUUUCAAUAACGGCUCACACUAAGAAAGGAAAUUGUAAGAAUUGUGCGUGUGCAUUUAAAUGCUUGUGACAAUCAGCACGGGCAAACAUGCCGCCUUUGAAUUUACAGUCAUGCAGAUGUGCGUUUGCUUUUAGUGUAAAAAUAGCGCAAUGCAUCGAGUUAGAACAGUGCAUUACGCAGGGUUUGAUAUGAACCAUGUGAUACAGUUAGAGCAAUGGAUUGACCAAUCAAAACUGAGAAUUCAAGUUUGCCUGAAGAUACUGUGAACUAUUGCCAUACCCAUUGGAUGAGGUGAAAAAGAAAAUCACUUCUUUGCAAUUGAGAAAGCAUAGCUGUUGUUUCUUCUGAAACACCAAAGUGGUCAAGGUGAUUGAAUCAGUGCCCAUCUGAUCCAAUAGAAAAGUGUCCCGUCCUUUGGGGUCCAUGCAAAUUCCAUACAUGUACAUUUAUGAAAUGAUUACAAAAUUCUCAUAUUCCACCUGUUUUAACAGAAAUUGAUGACCGAGCCACACCGUCGGCCCCACAAAUGACAGCGAAAUCAAUUACAUUAGCCUCCUUCGGCCAAAAUAUUGGAAAAUCAUUACCCAUUAACAGGUUUCUAUAGUAACUAGACCCAUUAGUUUCUUCCAGAAUUCUGGUUGGCCGUGCGUGGAGCAAAUUAGACCUUUAAGUAUAGGAAGACAGUGAUUACGAAACCGCUCCAUCUCGUCUCACUAGUCGAUGUUGGAUGCGGUCAUCAACCACAUCAAGUUUUCAGAGCAGAAUGGGUCGUUUGAGAGAAAAUUACUUGAAUGUCUACGACACAGGGAUUUUUGUAGUGCUUUUCUAUCUAACCAACGGAUGUUUGCACUAACUGUCAUUGCUAUGGCUACCCUGGAUGCAAUGUGAGAACAGCCGUGUCUCAAGAGAAGACAGCAAUAGCUUCAUUUUGUCUGCAAGUCUUGACUGAGAAUGUUAGUGUCUUGUGCAACUGACAGAAUAGAAUGGUCAAAGUCAAAGUUUACUGUUGAACAUCUUACAUGUAACUUCCAUCGUAUCUUUGGCCAGAAACCUUCAAUUCGCUUGUAUGUUUGUCAAUUGAUUGAAUAAUACAGAAUGGAGCCUCAAUUAUUGACACCAUGUUUAUCAGCCGGAACGAAUUUAACAAUGGAAGGAGAAUUGUUACCAGUACUUGAAUUCCACACAAGUGCAUCACUUGCUACAGUCAUUCUUCGCACACUGAGUAUCGUGAUCGCUUUCUUGCUGAUCAUAACGAGCAAUUUCGUCAACUUGAUCGUGUUACCCCGGACCAACUGUUUCGGGGAGGUGACCCAAUUUCUUCUCAUGUCAUUGGCUGUGGAAGAUUUCCUGAUUGGGGUGUGCCUGGCAUUCGCCAUCUGGCCAGCUGUCGCCGAUUUCUGGCCAUUCGGAGAUGCAGUUUGCAAGAUCAUCGGUAGUUUGGGGACUCUGCUAGCAGCCGCAUCAUCGCUGACUCUCAUGUGCAUCAGUGUGGAUCGUUUCUUGGCGGUGACCAGACCACUGCGGUACGUCACCAUCGUCACGCUCAAGCGAGCCCGUUUUGUCAUCACUGCCGUCUGGCUGGUCUGCUUCAUCUUCAUUGCUUUCGUGGACACGGCAACUUGGCCACCUCUACAGAACAUCGAGUACGAUACUGUCCUCUGCAACUGCAUUGUCAAGUUCUUUGAUGACAGAGUGUUUCCCCGAGCCCUAGCAGCGGCUGCUGUGUGCGUGGUUCUACCUAGUAUCAUCAUCACGGCCACUAAUGCCAAACUUCUGGUGGUCACCAUUGCACAUGCAAAACGAAUUGAUGCUUUACCGAGGAACCAUAAUUUCAACGACGGUGGCCGCCGCAUAUCCUCAAGAGAAUUCAAAGCUGUCCGUACAACUUUAGUCAUCACUGGCAUUUAUUACAUGGCUUGGGCACCGUUCCUAGCAACCCAAAUAUACCUGGCCUUCUCAUCUGUUGCUAUAGCGGACUGGCUCCACUUUCUGUCUGGCUAUCUCGUCCUUAGCAACAGUUGGUGGAACGUCUUCAUUUACUCCUUCAUGAACAAGAGUUUUCGGAAAACACUGGCUGAUUUUGUUGCCGCUAAGUGUGCCUGUUACCAGCGAAGUAACGAUGGGGAAAUGAUGCCAACCCAAGCCUUUGUUGUGACAGAUGGAAGAGCCAUUUCCACUCCACAAGUUUCUUAACUUUCAUCAUUGAACAUACAAUUUUAAAUAAAAUGUAACUUGUCUUUAGCCCAUAAAAUUUACUGACUAAUUCAUCAAUGCGUAAUGGUUU